AUGCCACCGCCAAGCCUCGUGCGUGUUUUGAGUGCCUUGUUGCUACUGAUCGCCCCAAGCACUGCCGCACUUGAAACAGACGCCGUAAAGUAUACUGCGAGCCUGAGUGGGAGCCCUGAGUGCCUAGACAAGGUUAAUGCUGCCCGCGAAGCAGCUGGCUUUUCCAGCUUCACACAGGCCACGAAUGGCAGCAACUUACAGGCUCCACAAGGAGAUAUUAGUGAUGGCGAGUGGAAAAAAAUGUGUGAUUAUUUAAUACCAGCGCAAGAACAAACCUAUAGCACUGCAUCUUUCGAAGAUGGAACAUAUGCGUUCAAGUCCCUGACUUCCGAGAAACCGGAAUGCGAGAGUAUAGUCAACUACUGGAAGACAGCAUUCAAAAACUUCACGGGGCUCCCACCCUCACAGAAUCAAGCCGCAGACCUGUACAGCAAUCAACACAACAUUUCCUUCGUCGCCCUGUAUAACCCUUCAGCCAAUGCCACGGCGGAUUGCCGUGUCGCCACUUGCACGAAGUCGGCAAGUCCCGGCCCAACGUUUUUCAGUGAUAGUGCGAGCGACGCUGCAGAGAAGGGCUAUGCGCUGAUUUGCAAGACGAUGCCUACUGCUUUUAAAAGCAAAGAUACUGCUCCUUUCACGCAGGACCAGUGGAAUAUGAUCACCGCGUCUCUCACAGGCUCUACAAUAGCCGCAGCCCCACGCUUCUUCCUUUUGGUCAUUUCAGCGCUUGGCAUGAUGAUACUGUGA